CAAAUUGCCGUCAGUUCGCUUAUUGCAUUGGCAGUGUUCGCUUGAUAUUUUUUUUUCCGUUAAAGUUAUCGCCGAAGAAUAUGGCUCUUCAAACCGGCUAUUUUCAGUAUUUCUUUUCGUGCAUACUUUACGCCUCAGUCUUUUUGGUUGGACCACUAAUUUUUUUGCAUGUGAGACUGGAUCGUUUGGGAGAUCAAAUUAAGGAAUCCAUUUACGACCAUGAAAAUACGUUUGACUUCAUUGUUGUUGGAGCAGGAUCCACGGGUUCCGUUGUCGCCAAUCGAUUGUCAGAAAAGUAUAAAGUGUUAUUGUUGGAGGCUGGAGGAGAGCCGUACUUUGGAACGUUUACACCUAACAAUGCACUAUUCAUGUUGACUCAACCAGAAGUUCAAUGGAAUUUCCAAACUGUUCCGCAAAAACAUGCAUGUUUGGCGAUGAACAAUCAGGCGUGCAAUUGGCACAGAGGAAUUGGUUUGGGUGGAAGCAGCAAUUUGAAUUAUAUGAUGUACGCUCGGGGACAUCCAGAGGACUAUAAUAAUUGGGCUAAAAUAACGGGAGACAAUCGCUGGCGAUACGAAAACGUUUUGCCAUAUUUCAAGAAAUCUGAGAAUUUUGAAUGCCAAGACGAACUGGAUGAGGAGACUAGUGUGUAUCACGCGAAGAAUGGACCUUUAACCGUGAGAUAUGCGGACUAUAAAGGCUUGGCGGAUUAUGUCCUGAAAGCAGCCAAGGAAUACGGAUUUCCAGAGAUCGAUUACAAUGCACAGUUUCCACAAGGUUUUGCUGUGAUUCAGAACACUUUUCAAAGCAAUGGUUUUAGGAUGGGGACUAAUCAGGCGUUCCUAAAUCCAAUUAGAGGCACUCGAGAAAACCUAACGAUUCACAAGUUUUCUUUGGCUCAUAAGGUUUUGUUCGAAGAAGGAACGAAGAAGGUCAUUGGAGUGGAAUACAGUAGGCACGGAAAGACGAAAGUCGCUUAUGCAAAGAAGGAAGUGGUCAUUAGUGCAGGAGCUAUCAAUUCACCAAAAAUCUUGAUGCAAUCUGGUAUUGGCCCCAAGAAACAUUUGCAGUCUCUGAACAUCGAUGUCAAAUUGGAUUUACCUGGAGUGGGACAAAAUCUACAAGAUCAUAUCGGCGCAUUUGUUGGCCCAUUUGUAAUGAAUGACACCGUAUCAUAUCAUCCAGACAGAGAUCUAACACUGUCGAUGUUCCUGAACUUUUGGUUAAGAGGAAAAGGAGUUCUGAACACAGUUGGUAGUGACGCUUCUGGAUUUAUUUCAUCACAGCGUGCUGUUCAGUUAGGUGAAAAACAUUGGCCGGAUAUUCAACAUAUCACCACUAAUUAUGCCGCCAGUGACACUCUUAUCAAAAACUUUGAGAAAGCAUUCAACUACAAGCCCAACGUCCUUCCAAAAUACUACGAAAAGGCGAGGGGAAAGGAUUCAUUUCAUGUCCUUUCAAUCCUUAACAGACCAGUUACAAGAGGAGAGAUUCUAUUGAAGAGCGCCGACCCGACAGAACAUCCGCUGAUUGACCCCAAAUAUUAUGACGAUGAGUCUGACUUGAAGACGUUUGCAGAAAGCAUAAAAUUCAUCGUAAAUUUUAUUGAAAAUUCAAAAACGUUCCAAGCAUUCGAUGCACGUCUGCUCGAAACACCAUUUCCCGGUUGUGAGAAGCACGCAAUAAAAUCAGAUGCUUAUUAUGAAUGUUAUGCACGCCAAUUCACCCAAAGCAUAUGGCAUUAUUCGGGAACAUGUGCGAUGGGAGCGACAGGUGAUAAAGAUGCGGUAUUGAAUUCAGAAUUACAAGUCAUUGGAGUGGAGAACCUUAGAGUUAUGGAUGCAUCGGUUAUGCCAGAAGUUGUUUCGGCUAAUACGAACGCAGCAUGCAUUAUGAUCGGUGAGCUAGGAGCGGACCUCAUCAAAGAGAAACACGGAAAUAAAAACGACGAAAAAGAUAGUGAUAUGCCCGAUCGUGAAGAACUUUAGAUAUAUCGAUUUGCAUUUGAUUUUAUUACUCCAGACCCUUGUGUUUGCCAAAAAUUUACUGAAAAAGUUCAUUUUCGAAAAGGAAAAUUUCUUCUUCAACUUUUCAUUCAGAAUCAUAUAUGACAACUGGAAAGCUCGAAACACAUAAAGCGAGCGGAUUGACAAAAAAGGGACUGGACUAUU